GAAUGUGAAACUAUCUGGAAACUAAGAGAUUGAAAUGGUAUGAAAGUUAUCUGGCUUCCUAAGCGACGGUAAACAUGGGCUCCUAAAGUUAUCAAAUUUUACAGAAAUUUUCUUAUUAUAGAAUGAUUAAUAGCUCGCGUGGGAAAACUAGAGUGAGUUUCGUAUGUCAAAAAUGUUCACAGCCCUUACGACUCGAUCAAAGUUCGUUCAGUUUAAUUGAUGAUGAAACCCUCACAGAACUUACUCUUCCUCUACCAAUUUUUCCAAAUGUUUCAACUGAAAAGACAGAUGCUGAUAAAGCCAUUAGCGAUAAGGGGGAAAACUUACCUACAGUGGAUGAUGAUGAGGUAGUUCGGAAAACAAUAACAUCCAAAAGGUCCGUGGAUGGCAAUGGAUUCAUGCUCAUUGAUGCUCAAAAUGUUCAUUCGGACAAUCUUAGUCAUCGAUUAAAGGUUACCAGUCAACUGUUUGACAUUAUGUCUGCCCAAUCAGACAUUGACCACCCGCUGUGCGAGGAAUGCACAGAUACAUUAUUGGAUCAGUUGGAUCAUCAACUUAAAGUGACAACGGAGGAACUCAAUGAUUACAGCAAGCAGUUUACUGAGAAGCUUGACGACACAGCCGAAGAAGAUCCAGCAAUGCUGGAAAAAGAAUUAGAUGAUUUGAAACUCGAAGAAUCACAGUUGAUGCAGGAGUUGGAAAAAAUCGAAGUGGAAAGUAGCAAAGUGAAGCAAUCCAUUGCAAAGCAAAAACAGGAAUCCGAAAAGUUAUUUAAAGAGGAGGAGAAAUACUGGAAACAGUACAACGAAUAUCAAAAACAAAUUCUCGAUUUCGAAGAAGAGCAACAAAGUGUUGAAAACCAGCUCCAUUAUGCUCAAAUGCAGCUUGAUAAACUGAAGAAAACGAACGUGUUCAACAGCACAUUUAAUAUUUGGUAUAAAGGACAUUUUGGUACAAUCAAUAAUUUCCGUUUGGGACGUCUUCCAAGUGUUCCUGUCGAGUGGAGUGAAAUCAACGCGGCUUGGGGUCAAACCGUUCUCCUUUUGCAUGCUUUAGCACGCAAAAUGAAUCUAACGUUCAAGAAAUACCGUCUCGUGCCGUUCGGAAAUCAUUCAUAUUUAGAAAGUCUCGAAGAUCGAUCGAAAGAGUUACCGUUAUACGCUGCUGGAGGCUUUCGAUUUUUCUGGGAUACAAAGUUUGACCACGCUAUGGUCGCUUUUCUUGAGUGUCUUCAAGAAUUCAAAGAGGAAGUAGAGAAAGUUGAUAAACGUUUCUGUUUACCUUACAGAAUGGAGAAUGGAAAAAUGUACGACUCUAGUGGAACGGGAGGAUCUUAUUCCAUCAAAAUACAGUUUAAUUCCGAAGAACAUUGGACUAAAGCUUUGAAGUUCAUGUUGACGAACCUGAAGUGGGGAUUAGCUUGGCUUAAUGCUCAAUUCUCUGAGAAAUAGCGAGAGACGAUGAGUAGUCCUUGUAUCCUAAUCAUUUUCACUUUGCAAACAUAGGCGUACGAGAGGGGGAGGCAAAUUUUAACCUUAUUAUGGCGGGAAAAAUACGAUUCACUUCCACAAACCAUUGAACUAAGUAUUUAACUGUAGGGCUAUCUUUAAACUGUAAACAUGCGUGUGCGUACUUACAUAAAGCCAAAUUUUACCCACAAAUGUCAUUACUGAAUUUUAAUUGUGCCACACGUGAUAAGAUUUCAGCUAGUCUAAUUGCUGGCUUAAAAAUUUUGGCUGAAAGUAGCGUUCCAGUUAUAUUAAAGCCAAUGGACUAACCUAACCUAGGGGGGGGGAGUGUAAAGUUUAUUAAAUGGCAUUUUAGUGUGUGAAGAGAUAUCCACACACACACAGAGACACAGACACACACCUUCAUAAUAGCUGCCUUGCGUCUAUGUUUGCGAAGUUCGUUUCAACCACCAUAACAACGUAACAUAUAAUUUUGACUCCUUAUCCGUAAUAUACUUUAGAAUCUGAUUUUUAGCAUGUUAAUAAUAUUACAAAACAUCCGUCCUUUGCUUCAACUUA